ACUGUUUCUCGUUGUGCAACAGUAAAAUAUGUCUCUGACAGGCUGCUAUUGUUUUGAGAAAGGUGUGUAUGCAAAGGUGUAUUCUGUAGACCUCUCCCUGUGCAUGUGUGUGUGUGUUUUUAACCUGUUUGUUCAGUGUGUAAAUGCUUAAAGUGAAGCGACUCACCAUGGAGGUGCCGUGGAGCUUUAGGUUUGGAAUUGUGAUUUUAGGAGACUCUUGUGUGGGGAAAUCCUCUCUUCUUCGUCGAUUCACUGAAGGCACGUUCGAGGAGGCUCGUCAGUCUCCUCUGGGAAUUGAUUUUAAGGUGCAUAACAUGAAGAUUGAGCCUGAUGUGCUGAUUAAGCUGCUUCUGUGGGACACGGCAGGACAGGAGAGAUUCAGGUCGAUCUGUAAGUCUUACAUGAGGAACUCGGUUGGCUGUAUCCUGAUGUUUGACGUCUCUCAGCGCAUGUCGUUUGAACGUGUUUCCCUCUGGCAUCAGGAAGUGCUGGAUUACGUGAAGCCAAACCCGAUGAUAUUCCUGCUGGUGGCUCAUAAAAGUGACCUGGCCGUGUGCAGAGAGGUCAGAAAGAGCGAAGGAGAAGCUCUGGCUAAAAAACUCAACAUGCUGGCCUAUUUGGAGGUGUCCACAAAAGACAACAUUAACGUCAGCGAGGCGUUCGAGACUCUGACCACGGGAAUAUAUCAGCACUUCCAGAAAGGGAAAAUCUCCGUCCGUGAUGACUGGCACGGUUUAACGGUCGGUACUCCUGUUAAAAAUGAGAAAACCGUGACAAAAAAGUCUGCCUGCUGCAACUGCGGAUGAAUCUACAAUACUAAACACUCGUGGAGAGAGUAUUAUUGUCUAAAAAAUGAUGUUUACCACAGUAUUGUACAUGUAAAUUCAAACAGCACUGAACUCCAUGUAAAUUUAGGUAAAGGAGAUCAAAUAAUGGAGAUAAUCAUUAGUUUAUGAAUGAACAACCUAUAAGGAAAGUAUAUUGACAUGGUAGAUAUUUAAAUAGUUCCAUGUGAAAAUACUGUAGUAAUUUAUAGUAAGUCAAUUCUAUUGAUUUUGAACCAUAUACUAAAGGCUGAUUUAUACUUCUGCAUCAAGCGCACGCGUAUGAUCCGGUGCAGCCUUCACGCAGUCCCAUUCCCCUCGCCGCGCAACAAUUUUAAUCAUAAGGUAAACACAAAACAAAAGCUUCCAUUUGGAGCUCCUUCACGGCACUCAACACUUGUAAACACUCGCUCCAAUGGGCUCACGGCUCUUAGCACCGCACACACUCGUCAGCGCUACCAAGCCGACCAAUCACAGAGCUUGCGCAAUUCGACGUGUAGUUACAUUUUUGUAAGGUGCGCGUUGGCAUCAGCCAAUGUGAGGGGUUUGAGACCGCUCUAAGGCUGCACCGGAACAUAAACUUGAGAAGUAUAAAUCAGUCUUAAAUGCACGGCUGUGCGCAAGGCAGGCACCAUGGGUCAUGGUGAUCCCUCGGUGCAGAAGUACAAAUCAGCCUUUAAGUGUAUUAUACUGGGUAUUUUAUAGUAUUUACAAAACUGUUGAUUUAGUAUUAAAUUUAGCUAACUGAUAAACUGUAAUGAAUACUGUAGUAUACCUUAGUAUUUACUACCCAGCAGGCACAGGACAUCAACAUGACGUCAGAUUGAUCUUGUACCCUAAUGUCGUGGAGACGAUGCAUUUUGGAUGGAAAUGAAAACCGGGUUGACGUCAGAACCCAAUGUAAGACAGAUGUCCGUGUCCAAUGUUGGACAGAUAUUAGAUUUCGGUCACUUUCCAUUACAACGUAAAAAACUAAUUUCAACCUCUAAUGAUGUUACAUCCUGACGUUGUGUGGACGUUACCAUUAUGAUGUCUAUCAGACAUUGGAUUUUGGUUGAAUAAAUGUCAGUAUUUGACAUCAAUGACGUUGGAUUUUGUUCGCUUUCCAACACAACAUUGAAUUUUGGUCACCUGACAUCACAACCUAAGGCCCAAUCCCAAUUCUACCACUUAGCUCUUCUCUUUACCCAAUUCCCAAUUCUCUUUAGCUUGAAGGUGUCAGGCUAAGGGGAAGGGGUGAAUAGCCCUUCAAAUGAAGAUUUUUCAGGACCACACUCGAAACCAAGGGGUACGAAAAUUUCCCAGAAUACAGCAGCCGCAGUUGCACCCGGAAGUAAGGAGAUCCACAAAUUAGUAUUUAUUGUCAUCAUUACGAACUUUUACAACAAACAAGCACAUGUUUUAAUAUACUUAUAACCGCAUUCGUGUUUCAUCGUCAUGCUUUAAAGAAAAACGCUAAAAUAAAAAACGCUAAAUAUCGAUAUCUAUAUAUAUCAUGAUAUAUCGCUAUCUAUCAUAAAUCCUGUACAGCCAUCCCACAACAUUCUGACACUCGAUGACACUCCAAUCCCCUGUCAGAAAUGUCUAGUAGCUGUCAAUGGGCUUUUCACAGUGUCUGCUAAAAUGUUAAUGUUGUUUUGGUGUGUUUACAUAGGUGAAUAUGGCCACUGUAUAAAUGCACAGUACAGUUGCGAUCUUAUCGCCACAUUAGAUCGUUAUAACAUAAUAUAUGCCUUCAGUGAUCUCCUGAAGAUAAAUACCAAAAAAUAACAUGACUGGAAUAACUACAACAGUCGCGAUCGUCUGAUCUCAUAUGAAGCAAGAGAUCGUGAUGACAUAUGAUGACGUGUGCAGGUGCUGUAGUGCUGUCCCAUUUCUUAUGGGUAAAUUUUGAAGCCCUUCCCCUUCACAUUCGGUUUUAAGAGCCAAUGAGAAGGGGUAAAGGUACAAAAUAGAAUUGGGAUUGGGCCUAAAUCUAGCCUAAUAUUAACAUCAUAUGACGCUGUAUGCCUGCUGUACACUGUACUGUGGUGUAGGCAUGGGCCGGUAUAAGAUUCUGACGGUAUGAUAACCUUGGAUAAAAAUAUCACGGUUUCGUGGUAUUGUGAUUACUGCUCUAAAAUAUAUUCUAUUGAAAUGUCUGGGUAAAAACAAACUUUUUUCCUAUUUAAACACAAUAUAUUUUAUUUUGAGAAACAUUUAUAAUAUUUUAGAACAGUAAACAUGUCUGGCUAAACGAAUUAUUGACUUCUGCUGUCUUCAUUUGUUUCUAAAACAGAUUUUUUUACAAUUUAAAAUGGCAUCUUUUCUGCUGGAGAUACUGUUGUCCUAAAAAAAAACAAUCAAAAAAAUUAAAUAAUAAAAAAAAAUUGUACACAUACCUUAGAAACGGUAUUGCAGAAAAUUUUAUAAACCGCGGUAUAUAAACGGUUGUUGUCCCAUGCCUACUGUGGUGUAUUGUAGUAUGAUAACGUUAUUCCUUAUAGCUGUGGAAAACUAAAGUAUCGGGUCAUUUGUUUAUAUUACUAUAGUUGUUGAAUUACCAUAGCAACUAUAGAAUUACCACAACGGAUUAACUGAAGUACUUUACUAUAGUAUGGGUAAAAUACUGUAGUAUUUGCUAUAAAUUACUUUUAAUUAUUAUUUUGAUAAUUAAAAGUAAUUUUUUCAUGUGUAGUAAUGCCUUCAACUCCAUCUGAAAUCACAUAAUUCCUAUAGGGUAUAUGCUGAGCUAGUGUGUUUCCCAUACUGAUAAACUUACGGUGCUCUCUUAUUGUGUUUUUUUUUUUUUUCCAUUUUAUACGGUUCCUUUUACAGCAUCGAUGUUGUAAUGUAAUUAAAAUACAAUCAAUUAAACAGACUUUGGCAUUGAUUUAGUUGCUCAAGCGUAAAACGAGACAAAAAGCCGUUUACUCGCACGCACCCAUCAGAAUCGGCAGGCUAGCGCAGAAGCUCCAUUGAAUAUACUGGGGUAAAAUAAAUGCUCAUAUUAUAAAGACAUGGCGGGGGAAAAUGUUAUUUAAUGGAGUGCUUCUUGUACAAUCUGAGACCCACUUUAUAUCGUAUAUCACUCAGCCAGUGAAGAUCGCUGAUUAUUAAAGAAAACAGACCUUAAACGCACCGAUUUUGCAUUGGCAUACAAUUCACCAGAAACGAUUAACCCAGGUUACUGGCAAAUUCCAAAGUCCUAUUAGCGUGCUUCGGCAUAUAACCCAUUCCUGUGAAGGUGCAAAAAAGUCCAAUUAUUUAGCCUGCAUGGAAGAAUAUCAAAAGUGCAAUAAACAUCAUAAAAAAGGCAACACAUUGGACAUUUGGUCUUAGAUGAACAAGUAAAAAUAACAUGGACUUUUUUUAUCACGUUAAACAUGUUAGUGUACAUCAACAUGUUAGACGUGUGUACAGUUGUGCUACAACCAUGAUAACACUGUACUAAAACAUACCAGAAGGGUGUUGUGUUCGAAACAUGAUAGCAAUGUUGGUAACACUAGCAGUGUAUUAAGCGAUAAAGAAAUCUGAAUUGUUCUAACAUUAAUAAACAUGUUUACAGUGUGCUUAUACAUGGUUGCAUUGUAGUAAUCAUGCUAACAUAACACAUUAGCAUUGUACUAAAGCAUAGUAGCAAUAAGCACAUGCUAGAAGCAUAACAAUGUGUAAACAUGUUAGCAGUGUAGUAAAGUAUGCUAGAAACAUCCUAGACGUGUGGUAAAGUAUAUGCAAAAACAUACUAGUAUGGUAUGAAAGAUUUGGUGCAUGUUAGAAAAAAUAUGAUACAUGCUAGCAUUGUAAUAUAUCAUGCUAGAAACAUGCUAGCAGUGUGAUAAAUAUACUAGAAACAUAGUAGCAGUUUGGUAAUCAUGCUAGAAACAUGCUAACAAUGUAGUAAAUCAUGCUCAAAACAUGCUAACAGUGUGGUAAAGCAUGGUAGAACAUGAUGAAAGUGUGGUAAAUCAUGUUAGAAUAUGUUAGAAGUGUGGUAAAUCAUGCUAGAACCAUGGUAGAGUGGUAAAUCAUGUUAGAAGUGUGGUAAAUCAUGCUAGAACCAUAGUAGAGAGGUAAAUCAUGUUAGAAGUGUGGUAAAUCAUGCUAUAACCAUGGUAGUGUGGUAAAUCAUGUUAGAAACAUACUACCAAUGUGAUAUAUCAUGCUAGAAACAUGCUAGCAGUUUGGUAAUCAUGCUAGACAUAUUGUACUCUAACAGUGUGGUAAAUCAUGCUAAAAGCAUACUAACAAUGUGAUAUAUCAUGCAAGAAACAGGCUAGCAUUUCGAUAGUCAUGCUAGACAUAUUGUAAUAGUGUGGUAAAUCAUGCUAGAAGCAUGGUAAAUCAUGCUUGAAACAUGCUAACAGUAUGGUAAAUCAUGCUAGAACCAUGGUGGUGUGGUAAAUCAUGUUAGAAACAUACUAACAAUGUGAUAUAUCAUGCUAGAAACAUGCUAGCAGUUCGGUAAUCGUGCUAGACAUAUUCUAGGGUGGUAAGUCAUGCCAGAAGCAUGCUAGCAGUGUGUUAAUCAUGCUAGAAACAUGCUAACAGUCUGUUUAUCAUAUUAGAAACAUGCUAUCAUUGUGGUUAUCAUAUGUGCUAGAGUGUGGUAGUCAUGCCAGAAACAUGCUAGCAGUGUGAUAAAUCAUGUUAUAAACAUGCUAGCAGUGUAGUAAAUCAUGCUAGAAAUAUGUUAUUUAGAAACAAAUAGUUAAAUUAAAUGUUUUACCACACAGCUAGCAUGUUUUUAAUAUGACUUACCACAUGAUCACCACACUGCUAACAUAUUCCGAACAUGAUUUACCACACUGCUAACCUAAUACACACACACACACACACACACACACACACACACACACACACACACACACACACACACACACACACACACACACACACACACACACACACACACACACACACACACACACACACACACAAAGCCAUCUCUGCAAAAUAUUACAUGGCUCUUAAUAUAUGUGUAUGUGCGUGUGUGUGAGAGAUGCAGAAAGAGGAAUUGGUCAUUACAAACCUGUUAAGAGGAACCAAAACUGACUUCAGUCAAAAUUUUGUAGUAUUUUGGGUUUGGAAAAAGGUAUUUGACGGCAUUGUUACUGUUUUCAGCUGUUGUUUGCAAAUUGGUCUAAUUACCUUCGAUUAUCGCUGCUUUGUUACACACAACGAAGCUUCACGUACCUAUUUUCCAUAAAUAAAAAGGAUUCAAAUACAACAGCACCAUCUAGCGGACACAAUAAGCAACUUCAAUGAAAAUAAACACCUUUCAACAUUUUCCAUGCAACAAAAACUAAACUAAAAAAGUUCAAAUUAAGCAGAAAACUUCAUGUAAUCAAUGUUCAGCAUUAUCAGCACUUGAAAAUCCUUGUUUUUAGCAUACUGUCUCAUUGUAUUGCAGUAAUCAACUUUCAAUUAUUCCCUCAGGGUCUCCAUGAAUGGGAAAAUAAAUCAACCGUGGUUUCAUUUCAGUCACAUUUUAUUGUAUUAAAAUGACAAAGAUACAAAAAUCGAA